AUGGUGAGAAACUACUGCAAAUUUCCAAACAAGUUCACCCUCGCCGUAAUAAUAUGCGAGAUCAUCAUCUUGGUGUUUUUUGGGGUGUUCGUGAGGUACGAUUGGGAAGUUGGUAUGCCGAAACCGUUGAAUAAAAACUAUACGGAAGUGCAUGCAAAGGAGACGGCGGAAGAACACGUAGAACAUUAUUACUCUUUGUUCCAGGACAUCCAUAUCAUGAUGUUCAUCGGUUUCGGUUUUCUGAUGACAUUCCUGAAGCGAUACGGCUUCAGCAGUGUCGGAAUGAACUUCUUCAUAGCGGCGUUUGUCCUUCAAUGGCAGACCAUCAUUCACGGAUGGAUCGAUACUUUUGAAUAUUACGAAACACUGAUAGAAUCUGACUUUGCGGCAGCUGCAGUCCUCAUCUCGUUCGGCGCUGUGCUCGGAAAGGUCAGUCCGAUACAACUGCUUAUAAUGGCAGCUAUGGAGAUUGUAUUUUACGAGGGGAACAUUAAAAUCGUCAUCGGAUAUAUCGGGGCGACAGACAUCGGAGACUCCAUGACAGUGCACACAUUCGGUGCCUACUUUGGUCUGAUGGUGGCCUGGGUCCUUUACAAGAAGGAAGUACAUGAUGCCGAAGAAAAGGAGGGUUCCGUCUAUCAAUCGGAUAUCUUCGCUAUGAUUGGAACCAUCUUUUUGUGGAUAUGUUGGCCGAGUUUCAACUCAGGGACUGCCGUGGACGAGGGGCGUGUGAGGGCCAUCGUCAACACCUACUACUCGCUGACAGCCAGCGUCAUCACUACCUUUGCUAUUUCCUCCCUCGUUGAUAAGAAGAAUCGAUUCAAUAUGGUGCACGUGCAGAACUCGACGUUGGCAGGUGGUGUGGCGAUAGGUUCCGUGGCCGACAUGAUCAUCCAGCCGUGGGCGGCCAUCUUGACCGGGAUGGUAGCCGGAGUUGUUUCCGUUCUGGGGUACAAGUUUUUGACGCCGUAUCUAUCAACGCGCCUGAAGUUGCACGACACGUGUGGCGUCCACAACUUGCACGGCAUGCCAGGCGUCAUCUCGGGCCUGGGUUCAAUUCUCGCUGCUGGAAUUAGUUACCCUUAUCUCUACGAGAAUGGACUAACAAAGAUCUUUGGUGACGAGGCAAUGGACACGAGCUUGAACUACAGGGCCGGUAUGCAGGCCGCAUGCCUUGGGGUCACACUGGGGAUUGCCAUGUUUGGAGGGCUAAUGACUGGAGCCGUUCUAAAAAUCCCGAUCUUCGAUCAUCCAAUAGGAGAGCAGAUAUUUGACGACGAAGACUAUUGGAUAAUCCCGGUCGACGAAUCACAUCAUAGGCCUGCUGUAGAUGGGGAAGAAAUGGGGCCAACCUUCUCAAAGAUAUGAAACUAUUUUAAAUAAUUAAGGAAUAAUUAUGAAUAAUUAUUAUUAUUUUGAGUAUUUAAAAAAUUAUGAAUAUCCAAUUCUUACGCGAUGGGAAAAUAUUUUUGUGAUAAUUAUUCUUUGUUUC